AUGGACGAAUAUCAUUAUGGGAUGGAUUCUGAAAUAAAUUGUACCAUGCAAUCAGAAUUUUCAUCAUUUAUAAAUGAGGUUGCUGAGGAAGAUCUGACGAAUAAUUUCACAACAAAUGAAAUAUUUUCUUCUCGUGAAAACUUAAUUGAAUGGGUAAAAGGGAUUGCAAAUGAUCUAGGAUUUGUUGUGGUGACUAUAAGAUCCGAUAAAGCUACCGGUCAACCUGGGAGGAAGACGUUUGUAUUGCUAGGAUGUGAAAGAGGCGGAAAAUAUAGAAAAUACAAACCCGACCAACCUAGUGCAUAUGGCACCCGAAAAUGUGAGUGUCCUUUCCAGUUAAGGGGCAAACCAUCUAGUAAUGGCGAUGGGUGGGUAUUACAAGUGAUAUGUGGAUACCAUAACCACGAUUUAGCAAAAACUUUAGUGGGGCAUCCUUAUGCUGGUAGGUUAAAUCCUACUGAACAAGAAGUACUUGUUGAUAUGACUAAAACCCAAGUAACACCAGCAAAUAUUUUGUUGACUCUGAAACAAAAUAAUGAGCAUAAUGUAACUACAAUAAAACAAGUUUACACAGCAAGGUAUACAUAUAAACGCUCAUUGAGAGGGUCGAGAACUGAGCUGCAACAAUUGAUGAUGAUGUUGGAUCGAAAUAAUUACAUACAUUGGAGUAGAUGUGCAGAGGAUUCUGAAGUUGUUAGUGACCUCUUUUGGACACAUCCCGAUGCAAUAAAGUUAUUGAAUGCAUUUAAUGUUGUUUUGUUAAUGGAUUCAACUUACAAAACAAAUAAAUAUCGAUUGCCAUUGUUAGAGAUUGUUGGUAUGACAUCUACUGGGUUAACCUACUCAGUCGCAUUUGCAUUUUUAUCAAGUGAGCGUCAAAAUAAUUUUACUUGGGCUCUUCAAAAGCUUAGAGGUUUAUUUUUGACAUCUGAUACCGGUCCACAAGUCAUUAUCAGCGAUAGAGACUUGUCUUUGAUGAAUUCCAUUGGCAAUGUCUUUCCUCGGUCAUAUCAGUUGUUAUGUCGCUUCCAUAUUUCAAAAAAUGUACUAGCGAAGUGCAAAAUGUUACUUGAUUGUAAGGAAGCAUGGGAUGGCAUAAUGGAAGAAUGGGAGAACGUCAUGAAUUGUGAAGAUGAAUCUAUGUUUGGGGACUAUGUGAUUCACUUUGAAUACACCUAUCGUUCAUGCCCUUUAUUAUUUGAAUAUGUGAAUAAUACUUGGAUUAUUCCAUACAAUACUUACUUUGUGAAGGCAUGGACAAACAAAGUUAUGCAUUUAGGGAAUACAACAACGAACAGGGUUGAGUCUGCUCAUUGGAACUUAAAGAAAGUAUUGGGAAACAGUAUGGGAGAUCUUUGUUCUUGUUGGGAUGCCAUUCAUAAUGUAAUUGUGUUGCAACAUAAUAAGAUCAAAGCGUCGUUCGAAAUUAGUCUGAAUCUUAUGAGUGAAGCUUAUAAAGGCAUAAAAUACAAAAAACUUGUUGGACGAGUAUCCAGAUAUGCUUUAGGACUAAUAGCUAAAGAAUUAGAACGAGUGCAUCUUGUCGGUCUCGAUACGGGAAGAUGUGGAUGCAUACUUAGACGGACGUACGGUGUCCCCUGUGCCUGUGAAUUAGCACGUUAUGGCCCUGGUAUGAUUCCUUUGCGUGAAUUUCAUGUAAUGUGGACAAGAUUGUCUAUUUCAGAUAUUGUAUCGAAUGAAUCACAGCCAGAGUUAUCCAUACAACAUGAGCUGACUAUGGUUGAAGAAAAAUUUAAGGAGGUUGAGAUUGGAGGUAAAGUGACAAUUAAACAAAAGUUACUUGACAUUGUUUAUCUUGCAAUGACAUCUAUGAUACCUCCAUUGCAUAAAGUUAAGACGAAGGGUGCACAAAAGAAAAAACUCCAGAGAACAGAGAGGUCUACGAAGCGUGAUCCCUCAUAUUUUGAGCAUGUAGACACAUUUCAGUCAACAAUUGAAUCUUCAUCUGCAAAAAACAAAUUUCAACUAAAGGAUAAACCUAGGCAACGAAGGAGAGUACCUAUGAUAAAUCAAUUUCAUCCUAUUUGUCAACCAUACAUUCUCAAUAUUGUUGAUGUCGUUGCUGAUGGUCACUGUGGUUAUAGAUGCAUUGCUUCGUCAUUAGGGUUAGGGGAAGAUUCUUGGCCCAUUAUACGAAAUGAUCUCUAUAAAGAAUUGAGUCAGUGGCGUGAUGAAUAUGCGACACUAGUGGGAGGCUAUGAUAGAUUAGAACAACUGAGGAGGUCUUUGAUGGUGGACCCACAAUCAGCGGCUAAUGCAACCAAGUGGAUGACUAUACCAGACAUUGGGUAUGCAAUUGUUAAUCGCUAUAACGUCAUCCUAGUUUGUCUUUCACAUACUCAGAACUAUACGAUAUUCCCACUACGUACCAGACCGCCUUCUGAUGUUCAACUACAAGAUGGUUGUCCUUUGCCUAUGACAGAUGUGAUAUGCUCAACUAAUUGUUAUCCAGAGGCGCGAAUGUGGUCAUAUUCGUAUACAAAUAGGAUGCAAGCAUUUUCAGAAUUGAUGGGUGUUACUACCUCCUAUGUUGACUUAACGGAUUCAUGA